CGAGUACCACCCCAUUGACAAUGGUUCAUACCCGUGGACAAGGCGCCCGACCCGAGGGCUUUUCGGAAUACCAACCACCAAAACAGACGCAGAGUACAAAGCGACGCCGAGAAGACGAUGGCUCAGAAAAUUCCUCGAAAAGACCGCGGCAUGCGGUCACCCCAGAGCAACCUCGUCGAGGAAAUACUUUUAUGUUCUCCGCUACGCGAAACCGAAGCCUCCUUACCUCCGCUCCGCCUAAGCUCUCUUCGCGUCGCGAUUCUCCCUAUAGUAGAAAAGCCAUCAUUCCCGUCGAGCGAACGAACACUCCACCGAAAACUUCAGAAAAACAUGACGAGGGCGAUGAAAGGAUCAGGGAGCCAGAAACACCAGCUCAACAGACUCCAGCAAGAGCAGGCGGUCUUUUUGGCAGUGUUAGAAAGAUUUUUGGCUACCUAACUGGUGCGCCGAAUGACGCAGAACAGGCAGAACAAACGCGACAUUCGAACAGUGAAGUAGAAGACGUGUCACCUAAACAAACAACACUUGACCACAGCAUUUUCACCUCCGAUGUACCUUCACCCACACCAAGAACAAACGGUUCUGCCCCUCCUACUUCAGAGGCUCUCGUGGAUGAUCGUGUAUUUACCAAAGAGAAUUGGAAGCGGAGAAGGGCUAUGAAUACCCGCGCUGGCCGUGAAGCACUGGCGGCUUUGAGAGACACCAACACUGAAGCUGAAAUGGAACAGUUCAAUCCCACUGAAAUCCCAGGCACAAAUAAACGCAAGCUUGCUUCAUUCAACGGAGAACUGCCACCACCUAAGAGAGGUGGUUUCGGCAUCGACGAGACUUAUCUAGACGUGGACAAUGAGGUUGAGGGACUCGAAGAGUCGCGACCCACAUGCGAUGAGCCUUUCACACCAUCAAACAAGAUUGCACCACAAACUCCUUUGCGCUCCGCUCUGAGAGCAAACACUUACACCACCUUGGCACGAUCCGGAAAGUCAGUACGCAUCAACCCACAGACCUCGGUGAAACAUGUGUAUGGCACAUACGGUCGCUCUGGAGAGUAUCGUGGCAGCAUGUUUUCUGAUCCUUCCGACAGAUCAAAAAUAUCCGAAUCAUCUGCGUCUAGUAUCUCCGCGAGGGACGUGAGCGGCAUGCACCCCCCUAAAACCCUCCAGAACACUGCAAACAAUACAUCACCCAAAUUUCGACUUGAUCCCAGCGUCGUUGAUCCGAAUGAUACCACCUGGCGACCAUCUCUCGCUAAUCCUUCUCCUGGGCAUUUCCGGGUUCCUGAUAUGGACGAAUAUGAGGAGGAUGAAGAAGAAGAUACCAUCACACUCGGCCAGACAACUGACGAAGAAAUCCCUCCUCGACCCAGCACGCCUCGAAUGUCUCAUGCAGAACUUCCUGGAUCUUCCUCUUCCCUGACACCAAGUUCAUCAGUUCAAGAUGAGAGCUCUGUCAACGACACUACCGAAAGCCGAUUGGAAAAGGCAAGGUCUGAUGCUCAAAAAUACAAACCAGCACGAUCAUCACGACUUUCGCUCACCGAAAAGGUGCGCUCACGAUCCUCGUCGCCUCCUUCAGAAGAUAUGGGAGAGAUCAGCUCUUUUCGUGAGUCGCAGAUUGAGGUUUCAGAUACGCCUCCUAUCCGACCCAGGAGCCAAAUCGGUACUCCCAACAAUACAACAAUGUCGUCAUCAUUCAGCCCAACGCCAAAGGCACGUAAAGAGUUGGACAACACUGCUGUUGGAGAAGACGGGAUGACGGACUAUCAAAGAGAACACCAAUACGACGAAUGGGCCGCCGGGCUCGAUUGGCCUCAAGCGCAAACUUAUGUCGAAGCCGGCAUCGCGUCUCAAUUUGUCGACAACCUAGUCCGAAAGAAUUGGACCGAACGUGACAGUCAAGAGUCAGCCGAGUUCUGGACUCGAGAGUUUGAUCGAGGAGAAGAGUUUGCCAGGCAAGCGGCCGCCGAGGGAAGAGAGCUCGUUUGGAUUACCGACCCUGAAGAAAUGAUUGAUUGUUAGAGACAUGAAAACUCAAUAGGAGGGGAAUCCUGAGGACCAGGCGCAGGAGUCACGCAAACAAUACGUGGUAGAAAUAAUAAUACUUUGGGACAUGGAUGGACUGGCGAAGCGAUAACGACGUGAACUCAGGGCAGGUGUGUGUGGAAGGAAAAGACGGGCGGCAUGGUAUUGGCCUCCUUCGGUUGGGUUCAUUUCACAUCGAGCAGCUCUCUUGUGUGUCCUCCGGGGACACUCUUUUUUGAUGUUUAUCACUAUCUUAUCAAGCACCUCAUUUUUGC